AUGCACUCGUCACACAAUAUAUUGCCUCGAUUAGAUCACUGGCGGAGAGAUGGCUGUGUGUCGUGCGACGAGGCUACACCGCAAUGUAAUUGUGCUUCUGGGGAGAAAUGCAUAUUGACUUCUAGAACUUGUAACCAAUGCCCUACAAUCAAUUGUAUCAAAUCAUCAAGCUCCAAAUCCAAAGGUGUAAAUCCAGGUGCUAUAGCUGGUCCUGUAGUAGCUGUUUUGGUGAUAGCUAGUUUGGCUCUGUUCUGGUGGUUGAGACGUAAGAAGCGACGCGAUCUCGCCAGACUCGAAGGAUUAGCAGCUCGAGCUAGAAAAGCUGAAUCAGCAGGAUUCCAAUUAUCUCAACCACCAUCCCCUCAACCUGGCUCGGCUCACUCUCGAAGCUCUUUACCUCAACGACCACCCUCUGCCGCUCGGCCUCGAUCACCACUACCUCCCGCACCAGUCAAUGCAGAGUAUUAUGACGAUCACGGUGCGACGAUCAGAGUAUAUGACGGAUCAAGAGGAACAAUCCACGUUGAAAAGAACGAUAAUGGAGAUCCGUUCUCCGAUAGACAGAGUAUUUCAACGAUGGGAAGUGGCGGUACAGCCAAUAUCAUCCCUAUCCAAUAUAUCCCACCAUCCAAAUCUGACGAAGCGCUAUCAAAGAAAUCAUUGCCUGAUGGGCCAUCUAGCCAGAGUGCAGCUGCCAAAGCGCUCGAUGCAGCUCGACAAAACUUGUUCCAUCCUCGACGACCUGCUAGAGCACCUGAUCUCGACUUGCGCCUGAACCCGCCGUCGACGAAAGACAAUCUAGGUCCACCCACGGCAUACUCGUUCCUUACCGAUCAACGAUCGCCCAGCGGAUCCGGCUCAACAAGUCAAUAUAGAGAUUCCUAUCUUUCCGGAAAUUCGGCUGCACCUUCGUACUGGUCUGGUCAAUCCGAUGUGCAUCUCGAUGCACCCAAGAUAGUCACCUCAAAACAGGUUCAGAUCGGUCGAUUACAACAAGCCGAAGUCGUUCAAUUCGGUAAUGGUAAUAAACCACAGUUCAUCGAAAGGCUCAGUCCAACAGGCAAUGGUAAUGGACAAUUGUCACCUGUAAGAGAUGAAAAUGUCCUCCAGCAGCAACAAGAACAAGCAAUUUCACCAACGGUAGGAUCGUUCAGAUCUUCCGAAGCGACUACUAGAACAUUGACGCCGAUAAGUAACAGGUACAAUGAGGAAGAUCUAGAGGAAGGUCUGAGAUCUGCUGAACCUUCUUCAGCUGGUUCUCAAGACUUACGAUUCUCGAUGGGAAGUUUAGCAUAUGACAGAACAUCGGUCUCUACCAUGGGUACAGGUAGAUAUUUGGCUUCUGCCAUUUCGACUGGACACCCAACUUCCAGUCCAGGUAUGACUCAAUUACCUCUUCCGCCACCUACCGGGUAUAGGAAUUCGAGUGGAUCAUCUAAAUCAUUCGCUGAUUCUGUCUUGGGAUCAUUCCCCAUGAUCCCACCGAAUUCAUCAUCUGCUAUACCCUCCAACCACUCUGGAUUACCUCAGUCUACUUCGACUAAUACUCUUGAGCAUGUCGCUCUAUCGCGUCCAGUUACUCAGGCCUCGUUUGGGAAGAAAAGACCUGAAACUCAGGCUUCGGUAGCGGACUCUUUCCUAGGUUCAUUCCCAUUCGUACCUCCCAAUACUGAAGAUCUAGCGGAUUUACCUACUGCCAAUGUUCCCACCAACGCGAGUGGAAGAGGGGUAAGUACAACCAGUGAAGGAUUGGGUGGAUUUGAAUUUAGGUUGGAUGAGGAUGUUCCUCCUGUACCUACCCAAAGGAAGGGAUGA